UUUUCGUUCUGAUACCAUCGCUUGACUUGGAUGUAGCACUGUCAACAAUAAAGACAUUCUUCCCGAUGGUUCAUUUUAAACCUCCGUUGGAACUAGACGUGAUAUAUGUUGGGUAAAGGAGCAAAGCGGAAGUUGGAUGAGGAUGAAGAGGGGUUGGAAGGCAAAGCGUUGGCGCCGGGUGCAGGUCUGACGGCUGAUGGCUUGUCUAAAGUCUCCUACACGCUGCAGAGGCAGACCAUCUUCAACAUCUCCCUCAUGAAGCUGUACAACCACCGGGCGCUGACGGAGCCCAGGCUGGAGAAACGCGUCCUCAUCAACAACAUGCUCCGGCGCAUCCAGGAGGAGCUCAAACAGGAGGGCAACCUGCGACCUCCGCUCUUUUUCCCGCCGUCCGCACCGGCAGAGCACCCGGUGGACGAGGGAUUUGGGGAAGCACAGCCCGCCUUCAGCGUGCUCUCCAUGGUGAGCACGGCGCUAGCCCCGCCUCCGGCUCUCCCUCCCCCCCCAGUCACACCCCCCUCCUCAGGACUGUCUGGCCCCACGCCGCUGGAUGCUUGUCUGACCCCGGCCUCCCUCCUGGAGGAGGACGACGCCUCCGUCUGUACAUUGCCUUUGCCCCUGUCCCCCUCGCCCUUCCAGCAGGGCCUGUCCAGGUUUCACAGCCCUCUGAGCAGAGACAGCUUCUCCUCUGCCCUGGACAACAUUGAGGAGCUCUGCCCAUCAGCCUCAGCCGCCGCCGCUCCUAUUACUACCUCCCCCUCCUGUUUCACCGUGGCCCUGCACACGCCUCUCUUGCUCCCAGCCCUGCCCUCAGCCACAUCCGACUCCAAAGACUGCGGUAAGGCAUGCAGCCCAAAGCCAGAGGGGUUGGCCCCGCCCCCGGAGGGCCGGGCCCUGGUUGCCACAGCGACCGAGUCCAAACCCAUGGAGACGCUUCCCCCGAGCAGCCUGGACAUGAGCACCUCUCCGCCCUCCUCCUCUUCCUCAGGCUUCCUCACAGACCUGGCAUUGGACGAUAUCCUGUUCGCUGACAUCGACACCUCCAUGUACGAUUUCGACGCCUGCACCUCCACCUCGGGCACCGCCCCUUCCAAACUGUCGCCCGUGGUGACAGCCGACGACCUUCUUAAGACCCUGUCCCCCUACGGUGGCGGGACCUCCCCAGUCACCCAAAACCAGCCUUUCAAAAUGGACCUUACAGAACUGGAUCACAUUAUGGAGGUGUUGGUGGGUUCAUGACCGGCUUUAUGAGGCUUAACAAAUCAAAGAAACUCUGCAGGAGAACUGAACACUGACGACAAUAACGU